UUGCAACCGGGUCACACUCAGCUCUCUGCCCUCCCACCCACCUUCCCUCCGCCCCCAUCCAGCUCUGAGGAACCCCUCAGCUGUUGAGGAAAGCGCAUGGGACCCUUGCGAUGGGAAGGUGGAGGUUGAUGUGGCGGUCGUGGGGGCGCACAAAGCCCCCAGUCCUAAGGUCUACGACACUCCACCGCAGGAAUGCGUCGUCUUUCCCACUCCCUCGUCAGCCCCUGCCCUCGCUGGCGGAGACCAUGGCCCGAUACCUGCGCUCCCUGGAGCCCCUGGUGAGUCCUGAGGAACUGGAGCAGACGCGGCAACUGGUGGCUGAGUUUGGGGUGCCUGACGGAGAGGGCGAGAGGCUCCAGGCACGGCUGCAGCGCAGGGUGGAUCGCAUGGAGAACUGGAUCACAGACUGGUGGGUUCAAUCAGCCUAUCUGGAAAGCCGCCUCCCGCUGGCUGUUCACUCGAGCCCGGCUGUUGUGCUGCCUAAGCAAGAUUUUAACGAUUGGAAAGGACAGCUGAGGUUUGCUGCAAAACUCAUUGCUGGUGUGCUGGAUUUCAAGGCAAAGAUUGACACUCAGACCCUGAUAGUUGAAUAUUCCCGAGGCUACCCUCUCUGUAUGGACCAAUAUUCCCGCAUCUUCGCCUCAUGCAGACUUCCAGGGCCUAAACAUGAUUCCGUCUUGCUGCCUGCACCUGGCCGGAGACCCCCCACCUACAUCACUGUAGUCCGCAACUUCCAGUUCUUUCAGCUCGAAGUGUACAACAGCGACGGGACCCCCCUCACCGUUGACCAGCUACACUGGCAGCUCCAGCGAAUCCGUGCCCAGUCUUGGAAGACAGAUAAGGAGCCCCUGGGGGUGCUGACUAGUGACCACCGACAUACGUGGGGACAGGCCUACACCACUCUCAUGAGAGACAAGCUGAACCGGGAAUCCGCACGUGCAAUCCAGCGUAGCCUCUUCACCGUCUGCCUGGACGCACCUGUCCUGAAAGUCUCGGAUGCUCUUGCAGCAAGCCGUCUUGCGGCACAAAUGUUGCACGGCGGAGGCAGCUACUCCAAUAGUGGGAAUCGCUGGUUCGACAAGACUCUGCAGUUUAUUGUGGGAGAAGAUGGCUCCUGUGGGGUGCUUUAUGAACAAGCUGUUGCUGAAGGGCCACCGAUUGCCAUGAUCAUAGACCACGUCCUUGACUACUGCAAAGAUCCUGUCCCGGUCCGUGCCCCGCUGAUACCUCUGCAGUUGCCCAAAAAACUCUACUUCUGCUUCACUCCAGAAAUCAAGCGUGACAUUGAGCAUGCCAAGCAGAACCUGGACAUUCUCAUCACUGACCUGGACAUCAGCUGUUUCACUUACUGUGGGUUUGGCAAGGAACUUCUCAAACGCCUUAGGCUGAGCCCAGACUCUGUCCUGCAAGUGGUGCUACAGCUAGCCUAUUACAGGGCACAUGGGGAACUGUGUCCCACUGCUGAGUCGGCCUCUCUCCGUCGCUUCCAUCGUGGCCGGACAGAGACCAUCCGUUCCACUACCUCUGCCGCACUGGCCUUUGUCCGGGCUAUGGCUGAUGACAGCUGUCAGGCUCUGGAAAGAUUGUCUUUGCUGAAGAAAGCUGUUGAGGUCCACAGCACCCUUACAGAGCAGGCUCUGGAUGGGCAAGGCAUUGACCGCCAUUUGCUGGGACUGAAACUGGAGGCCAUUGCUGAUGGCUUCCGUGUGCCAGAACUUUUCAUGGACACUUCCUACGCUGUGGCCUCUUAUUGGAAACUCUCCACAGGACAGGUAGCUGCCCGCACGGAUUGUGUGAUGUGCUACGGGCCACUGGUGCCUGAUGGAUAUGCUGUCUGCUACAACCCUCUGCCUACCCACGUUAACUUUGCUGUCACUGCCUUCAAUUGUUGCCAGGAGACCAAUGCUGAGCAUCUGGCUGGAAGCCUCCAGAAGGCCCUGGAUGAUGUGGGGGCUUUGCUGGGGAACUGGGGAGCUGGCAGCCAUCAAAGACAACCUUGAGAAACACUCCAUACCUCUAUUUCCUCACCUUGGACCCAACUGUGGCUUACAGAGAAUUCUCUGCGCCUCGUACCAAUGCUCCACUUAUUACCCAUAAUUCCAUAUGUCUCGGGCCCCACAUCUGUGUCCUGCCAUUCCUUUGUGCCAAAGCUUGUUGCCCAGGUAUCAUCCAACCUUUCUUACCCAUAGUGCCCUUUGUAACCCACAAGAGGGGACCUAUCAGAAGGCAGUCAUUUUUUCCCCUACAUGGUCAUAAUUCAAAGCCAAAUCUAAUUUAUUUCCAGGUUGAAUAAUGAAAUAAAGAUUCUUUCAGAAAAAA